ACCCCACCCCACCUCAUUCACCAUGAACGCUACACGCGCCCUCGCUCAUCGCCAGCCCAUGAUCCGUUUUCUGGGCAAGCGCAGCACUCCCCAGAAGAUUGACCACACCCCGCACGUCCACCCUGCCUCCCCCAUGAACGAGCUUCCUUCAUCCUUCGCGUCCUACCGCAAGAAGGCGCAGCAACACGGCCCACUCAACCACAUUCCCAGUGCCUUUGUCGGCGGCCACAUUGGCGGCGCAGCCGGCAGGAAUCUAGGCCCCAUUGAGGCAGGCAAGGGUCUAUACUUCGACCGCUCCGAGCUGCCCGCACGCUUCCAGAGCCCAUCCAUGACCAUGGCCGAGAUCGAACUCCUCGAGUCUGGUGGUGCUAGCGCAUUCGCAUAGAUCAAGAAGGCACGAAGAAGCGACGAUAAAAGAAGGCUCGGACCCGGAUACGCCGGAUGAGCUGGUGUACAUAUAUACCCACACGCGCCUGGAGGCGGACUGCAUGCGGACUGCGAUGAUUUGCUUGAUGAGGUUCGGACAAUAGGUUUGGGGUCAAAAGCGACAAGUACUGGUAUUACUUUCAUUCUAUACCCAUCAAGAUCGAUACUCAGGAUGAGAUGAAGAUUUGAGAGACUGCCCUCGGCUGGGACUGUAUGAAGUUACUGUAUGGCGAUACGGACUACUACGUUUGUAAUUCGAGACGAAUUUACAAACAAUUGAUAAUACGACUAUGUUCUCAAGAAUCAAUUGCA